GGUGGACUGCCCGGACCUGGCCAUGGGCCGGCACACGGCAUUCAAGGAGCAGAGCGUGGAGGAGUUCAAGAAGACCGCACAGUUGCACGUGGAUGUGAUGAACGAGGCACUCGCGAACAUCCCUGCAGAGCAGUGCCGGGUGCACGUGUGCUGGGGCAACUACCCUGGCCCCCACGAUGCCGACGUGCCUUUGGCGGAUGUGGCGCCCGCCAUCCUGAGCGUGAAGCCCAAGUUCAUAUCUUUGGAGGCCUGCAACCCAGGGCACGCGCACGAGUGGGAGGUCUUCGAGACCGUCAAGCUGCCAGAGGACAAGGUGUUGCUCCCUGGCGUCCUGGACACCACCACUGCACACAUCGAGCACCCCAGGCUGGUGGCUCAGCGCCUGCUGAACUACAUCCGCUUGGUGGGCGUGGAGCGCGUGAUGGCUUGCACCGACUGCGGCUUCUCGACCGCCGCAGGGGCCGUGAACGUGCCGGAGGAGCUCGUCUGGAAGAAGAUGCGGUCGAUGGUGGAGGGAGCCAAGAUCGCCGCCAAGGAGGCUGUCGGUGGCAGCGUCGCAAGGCCGAUAGAGGAUAAGGUGCACAGUCGGGUUGCCGAGUCGGGGUACCCAGCCGGGGUGCAGGGUGCCUGAGAGGCUUGCGUGCACUUCCCCGCAGGACCCAGGCGCAUCCCUGACCCUUCCACCUUGGAGAGCGAACCCGUGCUCUUCGGGCGGCCCUUCCCCCUCCUCUCCAUCAAACGCGAGCUUGUGCUCGUCGAGCGUGUGCUCGGGCAGGAAUACUGUGGCGUGCAAGUGCGGCUAUGCUCUCGUCGCCUAUUUUUUAAAGUGACGUAGUUUCUUAGGGAUGUACUCGAAAGCUUUACGACCUCUCGUUGGGGAGAGCUCCCGAGCCUAUCUCAGAUUCCUGGUAUAUACUUGACAAUAUCUAUGACUCCUUGGCACGCAUUCAGCGGUGAACCCAGCGCUCAGUGUGACGGCGUGGGCCGCUUCUGUCGAGGUGUCCUCAGAUUUGAUUGCAGUGUACUCCAAUACGACUAUGCAAAAGGCACGCUUCGCUCACGACUACCCGUCAACAGUUUUGUUUUACAGAGGGAGCCUUGGUAUUCAGCGCCAGCGCUUCUUUAGGUGUUCUUCCCGCAUAUCAAUAUGUUCGUUCCAUGGUCUAAGAUAUUAUGUGGAAGUGCGCAUGGCAGGAGG